AGGUGUGACUGAAACGGAUAUUGUAGGGCUGGAAUCGUACAGGAUGUAGCAGUGUUGCUAUAGUAAAGGAGGGGCGGAGAAAGGAAACAUUGCGCUCGAGUCAACUUCCGAUCCAUGCGAGUGAAAAAUCUCUAUUCACCAUGAUUUUAUUGAGCAAGAAAACGGUGGAAUGGAUUUGUUCCCUGGUACUUCUCGCUAUUGUCAUUAUCUCAUGGGGUUUUGUGCUUUAUGCAGCAAGACUUUCAGCACUGUGGCAGCUGCAGAAGAAAUACCCAAAUAGACUGUAAAUCAUCAAAGGACAAUCCAGGCUGAUCUAUCACAGCUGAGGAACAAAAAAGCACAUAUUAAAUUAUUUUUAUUAUCUACAAAUCUAUAUGGACUUCUGUUUAAAAAACUUUGUGUGCAACAUUCAAUUCCAUGUUUUUUGUAUUAGUGUUUUCUAUAAUGUUUUCAUUAUAAAAUCAAAGAAACACUUUUGGAUGCCAGAAUGGAAUGGGGCUUUCUGCAGUUCAUAAGAGUUAAAUAUAAAUGGCAAAUUAAAAUGUAAAAUGUUUUAGUGCAAUCAUUUUCAUAAAACUAUUGGGGAUACAACAUGAAAUAAAGUAUAGUUUUUAAUAUUUUGCA